UGUUGUCAGAGCAUGACAGGAAGCGUGGGGUUCGAUUCGUCAAUGGCAUCAGUUUGGCAGCUGCCCUGAUAACGUUCGAAGAGGUUUGUUAGAAGUGAUGAGGGAUCGGGAUGAGGCAGUUCUUUCAGUGUGCUCUCGGCGAUCGAAGAGGAUGGAGGGUGCUCUGCGUGUUUGAAUAACCCGGGAUAUAUUUAGCAGCCACUUUAAUGCAAACAUUCUGCGCUUUAUGGAAAGGAAGUUUUCACUAAAGAUUCUGUCUUAGUUGCCAUGGUUUAAUGAGAAAUGGCCCGAUUAGCUGCUUAUUAUCAAGAAGACUUUCACUAUCCUGCUGUUGGAUACGCACCUAAGCAAAGAAAGUCAACUUACGUUUUGUAUGAAGAGCCUAAAAAUCAUUUGUGCCGGGGCCAUCUGACCAAUGGGGGCAGAAUAAGAAGCUUGGCUGCUUCCGAACCUGUUUUAUCUCCAAAGUUUGUUCAUCCUUCAGAAACAGACGGUAUGACUUUGAAGCAGAGACCUUUGCUGUAUGGAAGUCAACUGAUUGAGAGUCCCCACUCUUCAGUCCAACAUUUUGAUAAUGCUGGCCGCAACUCGAGCACAAACAAUCGAUUGGCAGGGUAUGAAACUAACAUCUUCGAUAAUGAUUCCAUGUCCUCCUUUGGUGAAAUGCUAGCUUAUGACAAUCGUUACCUUCACAGACCGAGACCUCAACACAAAGACAGACCGCGCCAGAGGUUUUCCUACGCGGAACCUAACAGCAGCCAUGUUCCACAUCAACAUUUUACGGGGCAUGAACCCCAAAGGACUUUUCAUGAGGCGGAAUUCACCAAUUAUGAUAAAAGAUUGUUGCACCCUGACAAUUGCUUCAUAGAAUCUUCAGAACGCGACCUAAGUCCCCAUACUUUUUAUCGUCCUGAGUCUCGACAAGGAAAGUGGCACUGGGUCUCACCCCACUCUUCUUUCCUUUCCCCUCCUUCUCCUUUAGAUUCAGGACUGAGUUCUCAAUCUAUUACGUCCAGUCCUAGUCUUGAAGCAGAGCCAAUUUCAUUUCGAGGCGAAGCUUUUAGAAAUGAGGGACACCCAAGAUGUUUAUGUCCGAAAGUGACAUAUCCCGAAUCGAAAGGCCAUUUGUAUCCUUUGAAUAGGUACGAUUCCGGCCGAAUUUCACCUGGUGCACGUUCUGUUUCACAUCACUCUCAUGUAAUGGCUAAUGAUAGAAACAGAAUUUCCAACAGUGGUAAAGCCAUGUCAUAUGUUGGGGAUGAUUUUUAUAAUAAUGAUCAUCAAUUUAGUCAAAUACGGUAUGGAAAACUGGGCAUUGUCGGUGAACCUACGGAUGCAGAACAAAUAAUCGCUUCCAGGAAACGUUUGGAUAAUUUCAGGGAACAAAGCUAUCCUCAGAACAAUUUGGAAAAUAAAAUUUCAUAUUCUUAUGCUGCAGAAAAUGGCAUUCCUCCGCCGAAACCUCACAGACACAAGUCCCAGAAAUGUGCUCCGAAUUAUACAAAACCUUGCCUUAUCAUCAUCGAGUCUCCUGAGAAGAGUGAUAGCAGUGAUGGAACAUCGUCCCCUGAUCGAGAACACUCCGAUAAGAGUCCGGGACCCGAAUCUCCGAUGAGUGUGACUGCUUCCAAUUCUGCCUCAGAGUCGCCAUCCGUAUCGUCUAGCAACAACGAACUGGACAUUGACGACCGACGGAAAUCUUGCAAAAGAACAGAAAGCGAAAUUCGCGAAUUGGAAGAUAUGUACAAAAAAUGCAACCUCAAUGACAGAGAUCUCCUGGAUCGAGCCGAAAGACGGGAUUUGCCCACGCCCCACCAAGAGAGAGUAGGACACCGGUUGAUGCGAAGUAACAGCGACACACUUUACGAAGUGAUGAGUCCCGUUUUUCACAAUCCAUAUGAAACGCCUCAUCGGGCUCCACCUUUGAGAAGAUCAGGUCUACCCGACAGGAUAGCAGACGACAUGGCUUUGAGGAAGCUACAGAAACCUGUGUCCAGUUCUAGUUUCAAUCCAGUGGACAACACAAUAACGUACAUGUUGUGUUCCACCCAUUUCACUCCUUCAGUGCCUGUUGGCAAAGAUAUUCUGUUCAAGGACUAUCCUGAUGUUGAACUAGAUGAUUUUUCGUACAGGAAACAUUACUUUGGUAAGAAGAAUAAGAUUAUGGAUCCUCAACCUCCUUUUGGCAUACCUUUGAGGCCCCCACCGCCUCAAAAAGUAUUCACUGACUACUUACACGUCGCUCCAUCUAAUGUACCCCAACCUUUGUGUCACGCCAGGAGGAAUCCGGAUGUUGUCCGGGACGACUUGGCUUUUAGAACACUGCGAAAAGAAGAACCAGAAAGAAUGUACUACGAUAUAUCCCAAUUUUAUAAAAAAAGCAAACGAUGAAGACUUUUAUACUAUGUAUAUUUUUUCUUGCGUGCAAUACUAUUUUUGGCAGCGUGUUUCUGCAAUCCUAUAUUAGAGUUAGAAUUGCAAUUUUCUUUUAGCAGUUAUGUAAAAUAGAAAAUUUACUCUUUUCUUGUCUUUAAACUGUCAUAUAUAUUUUUGUACAUAUAAAUAUUGAAAUAUGACACUGUCCGUAAUGUAUCUUAAGUGAAUGCCGUUUUAAAUAAUUAUUGAAAUUAACUUAUGUCUCAGUCAAUUAAUAUUUUUAGAGUCGGUUGAUCGAAUGCCAUUACAAGAAGCUCAUCUUGCGUUUGAACUUCACUUGCCAAGAAUAAGAUGUAUUUUUCUUUAGUAUUGAUAAAAUGUACUGCAAUUAAUGUAGGAGUACAAAAAGUAAAAAAUUCAAUGGUUGAAGACUGGUUCAUUUACUUUCUUCAAAAUGUUUCUCAACGGAAGAAAUUAAGAGUAAUUUUUAGUUUCAAAACUAAAAUACUUCCGAAAGAUUUAUUAGUAUAAAGAUAAAUCUUAAAAUUAUGUUAAUCCGUCAGAGUAAAAUUUUAUGACUUAUCAUGAUUGAUUUUGUUUGUAUCAAGAAUUCUGAGAUGAUAUAUUUUCAAUGUUUCAAGUCACGAGAGGAUUUCUUGUAAUGUAAAUAACGUUUUUCUGUAUCUAGAUGCAAAGUACAAAAUGUAAACCAAAGUUAAAUCUGCAGAAAUAGUUUGCAGAUAAGAGAUUAUUAAGAAAACCACUAAUGCUAUUUUUUUUCCUAGCAGAUUGAAACGAAGAAUACAUCUAAUAAUUAUAUAAGUUUACAAUUUUGGUUACAUUUAAAAUAUUUACCUUGAGUUAUAACAUGUAACAAUCAUGGCAAUGAGUUGUAGCAUGUUAUAUUUUUGUAGAAUUAUAUUUUUAUUUCUAAAUUGACGCAUAAUAAAAGAAUAUUUUCGUCUCUGUUAUUUCAAAAUGUCAUUUCCCCCCCCCCAAAAAAAAGUUGAGAGAUUUAUUUAUAGCAGUUAGAACUAUCCGAGGCAUAUAAUGUUUUGCAUAUCAUUUGCAAAGAUUGCAAAUAUAGUUGAUAUAGAAGAAUUUUGCAUCAACAAUAUAUUUUAGCAAGUUUAUUUAUGAUAUUUUGAUUGAACAAUUACUAUUUGUUUUUUCCUCGACCUAUAGCUAAUUUUUUUUUAUUAUUUAUUUAAAAUCUACCUACAAGAAAAAUUCUGUGGUAAUGCUUUAAUUAUUAUUCUAUUUCAAUACUUGGCAGAAAAAAAAUGAAUAAAUUUUAAAAAAAUGAUUUCAGGGCUGGCAAUUUUUAUUGAGAAAACUAUAUAAUUACCUUUCGAAUGGUUUUAAUGCAAACACAUUCAGAAUUUUUGGAGUCCCUUAACAAAUAUUUAUCGAAUCUGCAAGUUUCACACUAUAUAUGACUUUGGGUUUUUUUAACAAACAGGAAUCGUGAAGUUUUGAAUUACUCACGCUGAUAUUCAAUGAAUAAGAUAAAUUUUUGUUUAAUGUCUUUGCUUCAAAAUAAACAAAAUUAUAAUUGCAAAAAAAUUAAAACUAUUUAUUUCUACAAAUAAAUUUUGAUAACAAAAAAUUUUGUCACAAAAUUUAUUUUUUAUAACACAGCAAAUCAUAGUUUUACUUAAAAUACAUCUAAUGGUUAUAUUGAUUAUUAAUUUCGAUCGUCGCAUAGAUUUUUUUUACGAAUAUCAUUUAAUAUUCAAAUGUGUGCUUUUUAGACACAUUUUUUAAAAAUUUGUGAGACAUUUCAAGUUUCUAAAAGUAUGAUGAUAAAGACAUCACGUCUUUUCUGUAAUAAAUGAUCAAUAUAAAACAGGCAGAACAUAUUUUUCAUUCCUUUUUUGCUGCAUGAUGUAGAAAUGCCUUUUUUUUUCAUCUUGUUUUGUUAAACAUGAAUAAAAACGUUUUAUUUCAAUUUUUUUUUCAUUUAAAAAAAUCUUUACUUAAUUCAAAACUUGUAGAAUUAUUAUUGAAAUAUACGUCCAUGUCUUUAUAAAGAAAUUAGAAAUUCUCUUUAUAUUUUUCUCAGUUAUUUGAUAUAUAUUAUUUCUUUAUUAUUAAAAUUUUUGAUAUGUAUGAAAAUAAUGAAUAAUUUUCCAUUUAUUAAAAUAAUAAUCAGUCAUUGUUUCUUAUUUUGAUACAUAGUAAUAAUGGUAUAUCAGCAUUAACGGCAAUCCAUUUCUGAAUAUAUUAUAGCAUCCACAUUACAGAUCAUCCUUGAUCAGCGCCAGCCUUUUUUUCCUCAUAUUUCCACAUAUAGUUAUAUAGAUAAUAAGUGCAUUAUUGAAAAUGUUCUUCGCCUUUGUCUAAGUCAAAGGACUGAAAUGUUCUUUUGUGCCUCUGUUUAGUACAGGAUAUCAAGAGUCUUCUUAUAUUUUUGUUUGGAUUUGAAUAAAAAUUUAUUCUUUUGUUUUUA